GGAGAACGCCCCACCCACUAUUAGUGGCCCAAUCAGCUGACAGUAUGCAAGCCACUUCCUGUUCACUUCCGUGUUUCUGCUCAACUGACAGCCAUGCGGUUCCGUUUCUGUGGAGAUUUGGACUGCCCGGAUUGGGUCCUUGCCGAAAUUAGCACACUGGCGAAAAUGUCCAGUGUUAAGAUGAAACUCCUCUGUGCUCAAGUACUGAAAGGUUUGCUCGGGGAGGGCAUUGAUUAUGACAAGGUCACAAAGCUUACAGCUGAUGCAAAGUUUGAGAGUGGAGACAUCAAAGCCAGUGUGGCGGUGCUCAGCUUUAUUUUCUCCAGUGCAGCGAAGCAUGAUGUUGACAGUGAAUCUUUGUCCAGUGAGCUGCAGCAGCUUGGUCUGCCCAAAGAACACACAACAGGACUGUGCAAGUCGUAUGAAGAUAAACACACUGCAGUGCAGGACAAACUAAGAGAGACGAGCUUGAGAUUAGGAAGACUGGAGGCUGUUUCCUGGCGUGUGGACUACACUCUCAGCUCCAGCGAGCUGAAGGAGGUCAAUGAGCCAAUUGUGCAGCUCAAACUGCAGACUCAAGGAGCAGAGUCAGGCUCUUCUGAAACCACCGUUGUCUCACUUUCUGCUGACAAGUUCAGAGUCUUGCUUUCAGAGCUCAAACAAGCCCACACAAUGAUGAACGCUCUACAAUGACCAACUGACGUGAGACACAAGUGUUGAAAGUGCCUCAUUUACAUGUGUAUAAAAAAAGGUUAAAUGUGCUGCUCAUGUUAGUUGAAAUAAUUGUUGUAUUUUCUAUUGUCAUUAUUACAUAAUAUACCAUAUACAGCACAUAUGUAAAAUACUGUAUAUUAUGGAACACUUUUUAAAUUGUAAUAAAAAAUAUCAA